UGACACGAUGCAUCGGGCGCUGAGCAUUCCAGAGAUCGUGCGUCAAAUUGCGGGAGAGCUGGACCCAGUGAACAAGAAGGAACGUCAAGCUCUCGCUCGACUUGCGGCAACGGCAUCUAUAUUCCAUCUUGAAGCGAUUCAUGUGUUGUGGUUCGGAGACGACGAAGGGAAAACCGUGACGAUGCGGCGUUUGAUUGUAGGAUGCCUGCCGGCUGAGGUUUUCCACAUACAUCCAGAAGAUCAGGUUCUGGACAUGGCUCGUCCAGUCUCUGCGUCCGAGUGGACCAGAUUCCAUCUCUAUGCCUCAAGGAUACGCAAAAUCUGCUUUGAAAAUGCAGAGUCGGACUUGCAUCACCUGAUACGCGCUCUCCACAACACUUCCGGUCAGCCAUUCUUGCUCCCGAAUCUCCGGCACUUGCGCUGGACGCUUCCAAACCACCGCUCAUUCUUUGCGUUCGUGCUGAGCCCGCUCCUGCGCUCGCUGGAGUACGAUAACCCACGAGGGGAGAUGACGGCAGAUAUCAAAUCUCUCGCCAAGAUACUUCCGCGCGCUUGCCCUUUGCUCGCACACUUGCAAAUUCUCGGGCCAGUAUUCACUGAUACCACGGCGCAGCUCCUGAGAAGGCUACCUCAUCUCGCUUCGGUUACAAUCGGAGGAAUACGCUCUCACGAAGCGCUCGAGUCGAUUGGGCUGGACGAGCGGCUUGUCCAAGUCGAAAUACGGGAUGUAGAUCGGGCGUCUAUGACCAAUAUCGCCGAGCGAUCCCCAGAUGUCCGAUGCAUAUUCGUCAAAGCUCGCAUUCUUCGCCUGGCGAUGGAUCUCCGGGCAGUAUGCCGGCUUUUACGGCGCUGUUCACAUUCGCGAUUCGAUCAUCUCUCGUUCCAGCGACCACACGGCUAUCUUCAUGUCGCAACGCUUGAGGCUCUGUUCCUCGCUCUCUGGGAGGGUUGCAUCGAAUCUCGGAAGACACUCUCAAAGCUCGAGAUAGAGAGCGGAUAUUGGUUGGUCCCAACAAGGGACACAAUAUUCUCACCCUCGCUGCAACCUUUACUUGGCUUUCAGAGCAUAACGGAACUCGUUCUCAGUACCAGUUUCAUCGCGCUUGACAUCGACGACAACCUUAUCGAGCGUAUGGGGCAAGUGUGGCCUCGGUUGCAGGUUCUGGACCUCAGGGGCGGCUAUAACUUGGGCAUUGUCUGUCGCGUCACUCAUCGUGCGCUACUCUCACUCGCGACAUCAUGUGCAUUCUUGACACGAUUGGCUAUAACAUUCACGUCUACUGGAAUAGGGAGCGAGGACGUUGCUCAGAUCGACACCCAAUGUGCGCUGCAAAAGUUGGACGUGCACUUGAGUCCUUUCCCCUUCGACGUCCCAAUAUCGACUCUCGCAGUAUUCUUCGUUCGACUAUUCCCCUUGUUGCGAAAAAUCGGUUCAGAUCGCGUUACAGAGAGCUUCAUUGAUCAAUUUGAAAUCCAGUUGGAUCAUUGGAGACUGUUGGAGAUGGAGCUGAUAACCAAGCACUCAAAGCGCCUGCUCGAGCCACACUUGGAUCCGUCUCCAAUCCUCAAGUCAUCUGAGUAGCUACACUACGAUUACCCGAUCCUCUGUUUCUACCCCAUCAUUCACUAUAUUCUUCCUUGUAGUCUGGGGCAAUUUGAUUGGUUGAUCUCGG